GGGGAAUUUAUAACACUGUAUCUGUGAUUGUAGCAUUCACAAACCAAGCACAAUGCCAUAUUAUAAAUAGAGUGGCCAUGAAAUCUCUAGAUAUCAUCAGAUGGGAAACAGAACAGGAGGAACAUAACAUAAGUUGGCACGGCUGACCGUGCCUUGUAAACCAGUGCUUGUCUGUGUCAGUGUAUUCCAAGUACAGAUGGAGUUUGAAUUAUACGCUGACCACACCUGGCAGAGCCAGGCAGAACGCAGGAAUACCCUGGAUGACGCACAUUUCUCCAGCGAGAAUGAGUAAGUAAUAAUUCCAGAACAAAAUCAUUGCAUGCAGAGCUCCACAGAAAUCAAACUCACAGUAAUGUGCGGUGUGUGUGAGAGUAUCACAGAGCUCCACAGAAAUAAAACUCACAGUAAUGUGCAGUGUGUAUGAGUGCCUCACAGAGCUCCACAGAAAUAAAACUCACAGUAAUGUGUGGUGUGUAUGAGUGCAUCACAGAGCUUCACAGAAAUUAAACUCACAGUAAUGUGCGGUUUGUAUGAGUGUAUCAGAGAGCUCCACAAAAAUAAAACUCACAGUAAUGUGCAGUGUGUAUCAGUGCAUCACUGAGCUCCACAGAAAUCACUCACAGUAAUGGGCAAGUGUAUGAGUAUGUCAUAGAGCUCCACAGAAAUCAAACUCAGUAAUGUGUGGUGUGUAUGACAGUAUGAGUAUUUCAUAGAGCUUCACAGUAAAGAGCAGUGUGUAUGUAAACAUACAUCAAUGUGUAGCUUGUAUGAGGGUAGCACAGAGCUCCACAGACAUAAAACAGCGUUGUGUACUUUUUCUGAGUUUAUCAUAGAGCCGCACAGCAAUUAAAUGCACAGUAAAGUGCAAUUUGUAUGAAUAUAUCACAGAGCUCCACAGCAAUAGAACUCAUAGUAAUGUGCAAUGUGUAUGAGUAUCAGAGCUCCAGAGCAAUUAAAGGUACAGUAAUGAGCAGAGUGUCACAAUGCUACAAAGUAAUAAAACUCAAGUUAAUGGAUGGGAUUGUGCCUUGUAGGAUGUAUUUGGGGUAUAGAGAGAUUUUUGGUGGGGGUUCUGCAUGUAUUUAAAGGGAACGCUGGGCCCUGCAGAUCCGUUCUCUUUUACAGGUUGAAGACUAAGAAGCAUCUUGUCGUAUGGCGCUGGGCUCUGGCUGGGAUGAUGUGUCUGCUCUUCCUGUUACUAGUUGUGGCCUUGUCUCUGAUGUCACUAUGUGAGUGCAGCUACAACGUCGCAAUGUAUACAUUGCUCUUACAUUAAUUCAAAGAAUACAGUUUAAUAUUGACCCUUUGACGACUAGAAAGACGAUAGUUGCAAUGACAAACCAUUAGACUCUUGUGGAACUCAGAGGCAUGGUAUAUACACACAAACAGAUUCAUUAAGUUGUUUUUGUGACUAUAGUGACCCUGUUAAUUAAAGGACAACUAUCACCUCAAAACCAUUUUCAUAGAAUAAUUCCUUAAUCAAGUAUUGAAUGGAUUUUUUUAAAAUGAAGUAUAUGUAAAAAAAAAAAAAAAUUUAAAACACAUCCCUCUCUUUAGUAUAUGAAAGGAUCCUUCAGCCAUAUAGGUGCACCUUGGGUUGGAUAGUGUUUGAAAACUGACUGUCUCUGACUGUCUCUAUGGUCUCCCUGGCUACACUCCUUGUAUAGAAAAAUAUGUGAAAACCACACAGAGUAACUUGGUUUUCACUGUCCGAUAAGUUGCAUGUAUAUGGCUGAAGGAUCCUGUCAUAUACUAAUGGAAGGGAUGAGGUUUAAAAAAAAUAAUAAUUUUGAGGUGACAGUUGUCCUUUAAAGGGACACUAUAGUCACCAGAACAACUACAGCUUAUUGUACUUGUUCUGGUGAAUAUAAUCAGUCCCUUUAGGCUUUUUGAAAUAAACACAGGGCCGGACUUAGGGGUUCAAGCGCUCUGUGCAAGCCAAUCUCGUGGCACCCCCUUUUUAACAAAACCCCUGCAUCACCCUUAAACAAAACCUCUGCUCCUUCUACAAUAAUCUUGCUCCCCCUACUACAAAACUUUUGCCUCUUUCUACAAAAUCCAUGCCCCCUUUUUACAAAACUUCUGCCCCCCCUCUACAAAAUUCCUACUCACCCUUUAACAAAACCCAUGCCUGCCCUUCACAAAACCCAUGCUACAAGGUAACACCAUUCCCUGGACUUACAAAUUGAGGGUAACGCUAGUACCCGUACAGCGACCCUAUCUACAAAAGAGCCAACUUCUAUUUAACAUGUUUAUAACCCAUGCUAUCCACUAUAAAACCCCGGCCCCCUUUCACCAAAUCCUCUGCCCACUAUAACAAAAGCCCUGCUUCCAGUUCUAUAAAACACCUGACCCUUUCCACAAAUCCCUGCCCCAAUUCACCAAAACACUGCCCCUCUUCUACAAAACCUCUGGCCCCUCUUAUAUAAAAGCUCUGCCCCCUUCUACAAAACCCCAGCCUCCCUCCUACAAAAUUCUGCCCCCCCCACUUAUACAAAAGGUUUGCCCCCAAUUCUACAAAACCCUUGCCCACCCCUCUACAAGCCCUCUGUUCCCCCUUCAACAAAAUCCUUGACACUUCCCAUAAAACCCCUGCCCAUCUUCAACAAAAUCCCAACCCCCAUUCACCAAAACUACUGCCCCUUCUACAAAAACCCUUUCCCCCCCUUCCCUUGCCACUUCACCAAAACCACUGCCUCCUUCUACAACUCCACCCAAACCAAAACCCCUGCCACCCUUAAUCAAAACAUAAUCUGUUUAAUAAAAAAAAAAGCAAUAAUAUCAAGAAUAAUCACAUUUAUCUUAAAACCUGCUGCUCCCUGGUCCCACCUGACAGUGUCCCAUUUCGAAUCCAAACUCAAAAGCACUGGCCCUGGCCACCUCCGUCGAAUGACUGUGAGGGCAGAGCACGUUACGUAAGUGAGCGGUGUCGCUCCCCCACGCUCCCCUUGCGUGCUCCAGACCUCAUCUUUCUGCACCACAAUAAACGUGAUUCACGGCCCCGGCUUGCCUCAGAAUUCGCAAGUCAAGUCACUUGACUUGCUCUGCACUGCAGUCUGCAGACAGAUAUCUCGAGCCGGCCUGUGAGUGACCGAGUGCGAGCUGUGUCUGCCACUCGGCGUCCCUUUCGCAAUGGCGCCCUGUCCUGCAGCACAGCUCGCACACCCCUAAGGCCAGCCCAGAGUAAACACUAUUUUUAGAGAAAAUGCAGUGUUUAAUUUACAGCCUAGGGAUACCUCCACUGGCCACUCCUCAUAUUCAAAUGGCUACUAGAAGUGCACCCUGGGGCAGUGGAGCACUGCCAUUCAGUGUCUCCAGCCUCUGCAUGGAGACACUGAACUUUACUCAUUGAUUCAAUUAAUCUCCAUGAGAACACGCUGAUUGGCCAGGGCGGUGUUUGGCUUGUGCUGGCUCUACCCUUGAUUUGCCUCCUUGACAGUCUUAGCCAAUCCAAUGCUUUCGUAUGAGAAAGCAUUGUGAUUUCUAUUAAGCAACACUGAUGAUGUCAGCCAAACAGGCAGAUCAGGCACAGAGCCAGCAGCAGCAGCAGACUGGAAUAGAAAUACGAUUUUCCUAUAUGUAGGGAGGGCAAGAAGGGCUAGAUGGUGUUUUUACCACUAUUGGUUCAGGAAUACAUGUUUGUGUUGCUGACCCUAUAGUGUUCUUUUAAUAACAUCUUUAGUUUGUAAAGCUGUGGGAAAAGUGAUGAUAGUUGUAACACUGUAAGUGAAGUGUUGAUAAUGAAACCACUGUUGGAGCAUUCAUGAUAGUUGUAUAUCAGUGGGAGAAGUGAUGAUGUCAGAGUUAUACUUUUGCGAGAGAAGUGAUGAUGUCAGUUGUAAUAUUCUGGCAGGAGUGAUGAACUAUGCUCUCUCAGACUUGCAGGUCAAUUACCAUCUGUUCAGGAUCCAAAAAGAAAUGGAAGAUCUGCGCCAGAACCAGAGCCGUGGCCUCAUGGAGUUGGACGAGGAACGAGCAUGCAGCAUCUAUCUUAGCGGCAACCUUUCUGCCAUGCAGCAAGCACAUCAGUCAUUGGAAAACACCAUCCUUUUUCAUCUAACCCAGAACCUAACACAUUACCAGAGGCAGAUCCAGGAUAUAAAGCUUCAGCGACAAGCAGUGCACCAAAAUUACAGUGCCCUGCGCAAAGAGUACAAUGUUUUCAUGGAGAGGAACAUUCUCAUUCCCAGGAGCAGUGCAUUUCUUAAUACCUGCCAAAGAAAUGACUCUGAUAACAACAGUGAGUGACAGUAAUUACUAGUAGAUGCCUUCUAGGAAUACCACUGGUAUACACAGUAACCUCACAGUAUCACCCAUACACACGGACUGUACCUGCUAUACACAGAGUGACCUCACAGCGUCACUGAUACGCACGGACUGUACCUGCUACACACAGAGUGACCUUACAGUGUCACCCACACGCACGGACUGUACCUGCUAUACACAGAGUGACCUCACAGCGUUACUGAUACGCACGGACUGUACCUGCUACACACAGUGUCACCCACACGCACGGACUGUACCUGCUACACACAGUGUCACCCACACGCACGGACUGUACCUGCUAUACACAGAGUGACCUCACAGCAUCACUGAUACGCACGGACUGUACCUGCUACACACAGAGUGACCUCACAGUGUUACCGAUACACACAGACUGUACCUGCUACACACAGUGACCUCACAGCAUCACCGAUAGUCACAGACUGUAUCUGCUACACACAGAGCGACUGCACAGCAUCACCAAUACACACAGACUGAAUCUGCUACACACAGAGUGACCUCACAGUGUCACUGAUACACACAGACUGUACCUGCUACACACAGAGCGACAGCACAGUGUCACUGAUACACAAACUACUACACACAGAGUGACCUUACAGUGUCACCCAUACACACGGACUGUACCUGCUAUACACAGAAUGACCUCACAGCGUCACUGAUACGCACAGACUGUACCUGUAACACACAGAGUGACCUCACAGUGUUACCGAUUCACACAGAGUGACCUCACAGUGUCACCGAUACACACAGACUGUACCUGCUACACACAGAGCGACCUCACAGUGUCACCAAUACACACACUGUUACACAGAGUGACCUCAGAGAGUCACCAAUACGUACAGAUUGUACCUGCUACACACACAGUGACCUCACAGCGUCACUGAUACGCACAGACUGUACCUGCUACACACACAGUGACCUCACAGCGUCACUGAUACACAAAGACUGUAUCUGCUACACACACAGUGACCUCACAGCGUCACUGAUACGCACAGACUGUACCUGCUACACACAGAGUGACCUCACAGCGUCACCAAUACACACAGACUGUACCUGCUACACACACAGUGACCUCACAACGUUACUGAUACGCACAGACUGUACCUGCUACACACACAGUGACCUCACAGCAUCAUCGAUAUAGGCAGACUGUACCUGCUACACACAGUUGCCUCACAGCGUUGUUAUUAUUAUCAUCCCUUACAGUUCUUGUGUGCCAUUUUUGCCCGUCUAAAUGGCAGCUGUUUGGCUUGUCCUGCUAUCUGCGAUCUUCAGGUACUAAAAACUGGAUGCAGGGUGGUCACUGGUGCAGGACUCAAGGCGGGUAUCUGGCUGUAAUUAACAGUGAGAAGGAACAGGUAAAGCCCAAUAUCUGUACUUUAACUCAUGUUGAUGAAAAAAGUCAUGCAUAUUCUUUAAUUGUUACUUUCCACAAAUAUUUGUAAUAAUGUAAUGUCUGUAGCAUUUAUUGUGAUGAGGCCAUAUUGCCUGGGGCACAGCUUAUUAUGAUUCAAUCUAUGCAUCCCAUACCUAGUGGUAUUUCGGGCCUACAUGAUUUGGGCAUUAAGUAUGUGUGAAGGAAUUUGCCCAAUACUUAUUCUCUGUACGGAGCAGUAUGACCUGGCGCAGAGAGUAUGAGUGAAUGAAUGUGUCUAUUAUUGACUGGGGUAGAAAGUAUGAAUGAAUGAAUGUGUCCAUUAUUGACUGGGGUAGAGAGUAUGAGUGAAUGAAUGUGUCCAUUGACUGGAGUAGAGACUAUGAGUGAAAGAAUGUGUCUAGCAGCAUUUAAUGGGACAGAGUGUAUGUGCAAAUUAAUGUGUCCAUUAUUUAUUGGGAUAGAGCGUAUGAGUAAAUGAACGUGUCCAUUUAUUAUUGGGGCAGCAAGUAUGAGAGAAUGAAUGAGUUCAGUAUUUAUUGGUAUGAUGGGACCGUAUGACCUUCGGCAGAGAGUAUGAGUGAAAGUGUUGAGUAUUUACUGGCGUGAUGGGGCAGCAGUAUAGCCUGGGACAAUGAGUAUAAGUGAAUGCAUGUACCCUGUAUAUAUUGUUGUGAUAGGACAGUAUGGUCUGUCUGCGGUAGAGAGUAUGAAUGAAUCAGUGUGCUCUUCAUCUAUCACCUACACAUGUUCUCAUGCUUAUUUUCCAUAUAUUCCUGUCACUGAUUCAGGUAUUUCUCAAAAGUAUUGUGGGAAUGAAGUCUUGGAUUGGCCUGUCAGAUCAUGAGAGAGAGGGAUAUUGGCGCUGGAUUGAUGGAACGCCGUAUGACAAAACUCCUAGGUAACUAGCUACACCAUCACAGCUUAGCUGACUAUGUCUGCAGUUAUGCUGAAUAUUUGCACAAUUCCUGACUUAAUAUAUAAACUGAAAAUUUUUAAACAAUAAAUUAAUUGAUCUUACUAAAGGGACAAUGUAGGCUCAUUGAAGUGGUCUGGGUGCUGUGUUCCUUCUGAAACUAGUGCUGCAAUGUAAAACCAGUGGCAUACUAAGGAGCAGGCGGUCUGCCCUGGGUGCCACAAGGUAGGGGGGUGCUACCAGGGCUGGUCAGGCUUUGGGUAAGCUGUGUGGCUGCACAGGGCACCUUGGCAGCAGGGGCGUCGGGCUGCCGACACAGCUCACACACACAGAGGCUGGGAGCAGGAGAACUUCUCGGCGAGUUGGGGGCGGGGCCAGAUUGGAUGUGGAGGCAGAGUCAAAUUGGCAGCAGGGGCAGAGCUAAAGGUGGCCUCCACUCGCUGCAGCUACUGCUGCACACAGAGGGGAAGCAGAAAAGUUGUUGCUUUCCCAACAACUACGUCAGUGAUUCCACUCCUCCAGUGAGAGAGAGUGUGUGCUAUGUGUGUGUGUAACUGUGAUUGUGUCUGUCUGCCUGUGAGUGUGUGUGACUGCCCGUGACUGUAUGUGUGACUGUGUGUGUGUGUGUGACUGUCUGCCUGUGACAGUGUGUGUGACUGUCUGUGUGUAUGUGACUGUCUGCCUGUAACUGUCUGUGACUGUAUGUGUAACUAUAUGCCUGUGUGUGGGUGUCUCCCUGUGACUGUGUGUGUGUGUGACUGUCUGCCUGUGACUGUGUGUGUGACUGUCUGCCUGUGAUUGUGUGUGUGUGAUUAUCUGCCUGUGACUAUGACAGUGUGUUUGACUGUGACUGUGUGUGUAACUGUCUACCUGUGACUGUGUGUGUGUGACUGUCUGCCUGUGACUGUGUGUGUAACUGGCUGCCUAUGACUGUGUGUAUGAUUGCCUGCGUGUGUGGCUGUCUGCCUGCGACUGUGUGUGACUGUCUACCUAUGACUGUGUGUGUGACUGUCUACCUGUGACUGUGUGUGUGACUGUCUGCCUGUAACUGUGUGUGUGACUGUCUGCCUGUAACUGCAUAUGUGACUGUCUGUAUCUCACUGAGUGUGUGUGACUGUGUGAUGCUGCCUGUAACUGUGUUACAGUCUGCCUGUAGCUGUGUGUGUAUAACUGUGCUACUGAAUGUCUGUAACUGUGUGUUUGACUGUGUGCAAGUGACUAUGUGCCUGGGACUGUGUGCAUGUGGCUAUAUUUGACAGUACAUGUGUAUCACUGUGUGCAUCUGACUGUGUCUGACUGUCUUCGCCCGGCAGUGAGCCGGCAGCUGGGAUAUGACGUAAUUUCGGCAUCGGCGUCAUUACAGUACAUGCGAAGGACCUGUGCAGGAAAAGCACAGAGAUCCCAACAGCAACUACUGACCACCAGCCCUUCACUCCAGCCCUCCCAAAGCAAGGAAGGAAGGUUGGGUGGACCUCUUAUUAAAUGUGUGUAUAUAGGUGAUGAUUGUGAUUGUGUGUCUAUAAUUGUAUGUGUUUGGGUCUGUGAUUAUGUGUGUGAUUGUGUGUGCAUCUCUGUGGUUAAGUGUGUGUGUUGUGAUUAUGUGUGUUUAUGUAUGUGAUUGUAUGUGUGGGUCUGUGAUUGUGUGUCUGUGUUUAUGUGGGUGUAUGUCUCAAAUUGUGUGUGUAACUAUGUAUGUAUGUAUAUAUAUAUAUAUAUAUAUAUAUAUAUAUAUAAUAUAUACACACACACACACACAACCACAGAUGUUUAUACAUGUGUAUGUGGUGUCCUUAAAUAUUGCAAUCUCACAAAAUGAUAAUAAAUAAGUGAAUUAUCUACUAAACAAUUGAAAGAUUAAAAUUAAGAAAAGGGCUUUUUUUGAUUUUGAUCUUUUAGCUGUUUAGUAGAUAAUUCCCUAAAUUGGUGCCCUUAUGUGAGAUUUCCAUAUUUAAAGAUACAAAAUUACGGUGUUGUUUAGCAGAUAGCUCCCUUAUGUGGUGUCCUUAAAUAUGCCAAUCCCACAUAAGGAUAGCAAAUAGGGGAGUUAUCUGAUAAACAAAGAUUGAAGUUAAGAGGUGUCAGCCAACCCACAACAAGAAAUCUGGGUGGCUAAUGUGAAUUCUGUGCCAAUGGCAGCAUAUUAACCCAUCCCCUAGUGAAAAGUUUUAGUUUUCAGAAUCUCGCCAACACUUUCAUUUUAAUUGUACUGAGUCUUAGAGUGUUUAUAUUUGAAGGUGUAGUGGUGAGUGUGUUUGGUGUGUAUUUUUGUAGUGUGUGUGUCAGUAUGGAUCAAUGUGUCAGUAUGGAUCAAUUUGUGUGUGUGUGUGUGUCAGUAUGGAUCGAUGUGUCAGUGUGGAUCAAUGUGUGUGUGUGUGUCAGUAUGGAUCAAUGUGUCAGUGUGGAUCAAUGUGUGUGUGUGUCAGUAUGGAUCAUUGUGUCAGUGUGGAUCAAUGUGUGUGUUUGUCAGUAUGGAUCAAUGUGUCAGUAUGGAUCAAUGUGUCAAUGUGCAUCAAUGUGUGUGUAUGUCAGGGAGUGUGUAUGCAUUAGUGAUUGUGUGCCAGUGUUUGUAUGGGAUGCAGCAUUAGUUUGUGUGCCAGUGUCUGUUGAUGAGUAUAUGUCAGUAUGUAUGGGCAUCAGUGACUACACGCCAGUGUGUGCCAGUGAGUAUUUAUUAAUUAAAAAUCCAUGUGUCUGUCUAUGUUUUUUUAUUUUUUUUUAUUUAAAAUAAAUUGAAUUUAAAAAAAAUUAUAUAUAUAUAUAUAUAUAUAUAUAGUUUUAUAUAGUUUUGCUUUAUUUAUGUGAUUUGGUGAUUUGUGGGAGUAUUAUGCAUCUAUAUAUUUGCACAAAUGUAUAUUAAUAUAUGUGUAUUAUAUCAAAAUAUAUACAUGUUCAGCCCCCACGAUGAUCGGCUGCCUGAGAGCAGAGGCAAGCAUUAGGAUCACUGAAGAUUGAGGUAGGCAGGCUGCUGAAAGAGGGAGGUGGCAGCCGGUUCAUGGAGAGCUGUGGGAGGAAGGCAGGCGGCUGACAGAGGGAAUUGGGCGGCCGGCUCAUUUAUUGCAGAGGAAUGGAGAGGGGUGGCUGGUCCAUGGAGAGCUGUGGUAGAAAAGGUGGGCAGCUGACGGAGGGGAGCAGCCGGGUAAUGGAUAGCAGAGGGAGGCGGGCGGCUGACUUAGUGCCACGGCGAAGGAGCUGUAAUCUCCCUGCUCUGCUCCCUUGCGCGGCUUGCAGUGAUUCACGGAGCUGGGUUAUGAUGUCACUCUGGCCCCCGGCUCACUAAACAGUGCGUGAGAGGGAGCCGAGUAGGGAGAUGACAGCAGUGCUACUGGACCCCAGGGAAAGCAUAUUCUCUCCAGCUCUCUAAAGGUAGGGAGGCUGGGUGGAUUUAAAUAAAAAAGUAAUUACUUGUGAGUGAGUGUGUGUGUCUGUCUGAGUGUGUGUGUUUGUGAGUAUGUCUGUGAGUGUGUGUCUGUCUGAGUGUCUGUCUCUGUGUCUGUCUGUGAGUGAGUCUGAGUUGGUCAGUAAGUGUGUGUGUUCCCUCCAAUCACAUGGGAAAGGGUUUUCUUUUCUUUUUUUUACUCAACUUUUUUUCCACGCUGUGGCUGGCCCCCCCUCCAUGGCUGAAAUCCUCAAUCUUGAUGAUCUCAGCCAAUCCAAUGCUUCCUCAUAGCAAAGCAUUGGGAGACUAUUGCGCAUGCACGGCAAAAUGCCACUGCGCCAAUUUAACUUCUCAUAGAGAUGCAUUGAAUCAAUGCAUCCGUAUAGGGAACAUUAACGUAGGUGCUGCACAGUGUGAAGCACUGACCCAGGAGGCACUUCUAGAGGCCAUCUGAGUGACUGUCGCUAGAGGUGUCACUAGGCAGCAAUGUAAAUACUGCCUUUUGUCUGAAAAGUCAGUGUUUACAUUUAAAAGCGUUCAGGGUCAGGAUAUAGACUUCAGAGCAACUACAUUAAGCUGUAGUGGUUCUGGAGAUUAUAGUGUCCCUUUAAGAAUUGUAUUUUUGACGUUGAUUUCUCUGGCUCCUAACUUUUCUAGCUGGCUGCUACAUUCCAAACUAAUUUGUAAAACUGUGUGUGUGUGUGUGUAUAUAUACACACACAAACACGUAAUCUUAUAAAUUAUUAUGGUUAUAAUAAAUAUAUAUAUAUAUACACAUCAGUAUGAUACACAUAUGUUAAUAGACAUAUGCAUACAUAAUACACAUUUGGAGAUUACACACGUAUAUAAAUGUAACAAGGGUUUUACAUUUUUCAAAGGGUUAUUCACUAAAUUUUUCAUUUUUGAAAAUGAAAAUCGAAAUUGCGUAAUUUAGACCAAAAUAGCGCAUUUGAAAAAUCCAAACUUCACCAUAGUCACAGCUUGACUAUUGUAGCCUAAUUUUUGGAAUUUAUUCACAAAAAUGAUUAGUUUAGUUGAUAACCCUGCCCUUCUCUCAGUCUUUCAUUCCCUGGUAUCAAACUAUAUCCAACGGAGAGUGCACUCAUAGGAUUGAGGACUAAACAAAAUAAGAUUCAUUUAAAUUAGAUAUGCAACAAGUUAUGGGGAUGAAACGUUGGGUAAAUAAUUUUCAAUCCUUUGUGUUUUUCCACCUGUAUAUCUGUCACAGUUGGCACAAUUAAUGUUAGGGCUGGUGUAAAAAAAUUCCAGGGCUGCUUUUUAUUCCCAAUCCGGCCCUGCAUACAAACCCCACCAUUAUAUAUAACCACACCACUUCAUUCAAAAACCACACUACACACAAAUGCAUGCUUGCACUUAAACGCUAACACUACAUACAAACACACCGCUACAUUCACUCAAACAUACUCCAUAAAAAAAUGCUAACAUUCAAACACACCAACACUGCUCACUGGUAAAUACAUAAAAAAAUAUUGCUUAAAAUAGGACCCAUCCCGGGUACCAAAUGCUCUAGGUACGCCCCUGUGUAAAACAUUGCAAUUCCAGAGAACUGCAAUGUUUUUAUUUUUUUAUUUUUAUAACUGGCAUUUAUAAAGCGUCGCCAUAUUCCGCAGCGCUGUACAAUUGGGAGAACAAUACAAUAUAAACAGACCGAUACAAAAGGUAGAUGGCCCUGCCCGUAAGCUUACAAUCUAAAGGUAAAAUAGGGAAAUGAUACAAGGGGUAGCAGAGGAAAUUGAAGGUGAUUGCAGAGAGAAUUUAUAGUGUGACUGCAGUGAUUAAUAACAUGUGAAGGGAAUGAGGAGGUGAUUGGCUGUGGUUGGCAACAGCUGGAGGAGUCAUGCUAUAUCGUUAGAAGGAACCAGGGUGGGCAGAGCAGAGUAAAAACAAAGAUUCUUAGUUGCAGGGAUGGAAGUUAAAUUGGGCCUGAAGAAGCAGAAGGAUGCUGUCAUGGCCCCCGGCUUGCGGCUGCACAUGGUCGCACCCGAUCGGUGCGACCACCCUGUCAGGUUGGAGGACUUACCUGUUCAGCAAUGAGUCGGGAGCUGAACCCGCUGGAGCAUUCGUCCCCUCCACACGCGGGAGCCAAAAUGGCGCCGACUACGAGGUCGCGGCCGUUUGUAGCUCCGCCUCCAAAGGUCACACAGUCAUGCAUUCUGGGGCAUUCUGGGGUCAGAGGCCAAGCUCUGACCAAUCACAGCCCAAGGAGGGGUAUUUAAACCCCUGAUUUUCCCUAGCUCAUUGCCUUGUCGUGGUUUUUGUUCCUUGUUCCCGAGAGUGCGUUUUCUUGUCCUUGUUAUUGAUAUUCCCGGUAUUCUGACUUUGGCUAUUCCUGACUAUUCUGAUCUCUGGUUUCCCUGACUUGGCUUUCUUAUCGAUCUUGUGUAUUUCUUGCUUCCUUGACCUAGGCUUUCCCUUGACCAUUUUCUGUCUUUCAACGUAUUAAUCCUGCCAUUCUAAGGACCAGUUUACGUUCUGUCUAUUUUUCUAUUCUAUGUAGAUGUUACAUAGUUUUGCGUGUUGGAUCACAUUAGUAGUCUUGACAGAUGCACAGUUAUAUAAAGGAAUUUACAGCUAGGAAUGGCAAGCAGGGGGAGUGAGGGUGGGGAGGAAUGGUGGAACAGACUAGCCAUUUGAUGCACAUAUUAAAAUAUUUUCCUAUUACAUCCUAUCAGCCAGAUUAUUAAUUACUACAGGUAACUGCAAGUACAAAUAUUACAGUAGUAAACUACAAGUAAAAAUAGUAACAUUGUAAUAGUAAAUGAAUAUAUAGUAAAAAGGUGGAAGGAAUCCCAGUCCAUAUCUUAAAACUGCUUAAGGAGUAGUACUUAAGGUAAGUAAAUAAAGGGUUUUUAAACCUUUAUUUAUCGGGUAGGAGGGGCGGGACGGAGGGGGAAGGCAGAGGGAUCGGUAGUGCCAGGAAUACAGCUUUGUAUUCCUGGCACUACAAUAUCGCUUUACACAAAAAAAGAUUUUAAUUAAAUAAGCCAUUUAAAAAUAAUCACUAACUCUGUGCCAACAAUCAGGUACACUCACAAUAUUUUGAACAAUACGAAUGGUUUAUACAAAUGCUAAUUUAGGUUAUCCACUAAAGUGUGAAUUAUUGCAAUACAAAGUGAAUUUACAGUGAAUUUCACAUUUAAGAGCCACAUAAUCAAACUAAAACCUUAGCUGGCUUGAAGAAUGUUCCCAAUUUCACUUUGUGAACUAAAAUUUGAAACUCACUUUAAAAACCUGACGAUUUGUACUUUACUGAAGAACUCAGUAAAUAUCCACAAAACCACACAAAACCCAUCAGUUUUAUAUCAUACAGAACAUCUAUCAUACAAUGUGCUCAAUUUAUUUAGAUGAUCACGUUUAUUUGUAGUUUAUCAGCUCCUGAAAAGCAAUUUAACAGUUGGGAUUGAUUAAAUUUCUGCCAUUAAAGGCUUAUUGGGAGCCGAUAAUUAUCGGUUCGAAUUUUGGAAAAAUUGGAUGAGGCAAUUUAAUUAAAAAAAAAAAUCUUCCUACAACUUUCACCCUAAUAAUGACCUAAUAUCUCUAAAACAAAAUGAUAUAAUUAUCAUCAGACAUGUCCUUUCUUGCAAAAUCUUUUUUUUGCACCACAAAUGGCCAAUUAAAACCCCCCCAAAACAUUAAUUCCUUACACUACUAUUCAAAAUAUAUGUUCCGAUUCGCAAAAAUCAAAAUUGUGACGCAGACAAAAAUAAUUGAUUGAAAAAAGUCAAUAAUUAUCAACUGGUUUCUGCAGAUAGAAUUAAAUGGAGGCCUUAAUUAGCUACUGCAUUUCUAUAAAAGUAGCGAUUGUUUAAUUUUAAUCUAUACAUUUGCCUGCAGAACUGUGCAUACAUUAUAUCUAUAACUAUCUGAAGGUGAAUCUGUCAUCUACAAGUUACAGAUUCAAUUUAAAAAGAGAAUACAAGUUCAUGUAUGUAACAUCCGAAAAUGAUAAAAGCAGUUUCCACUGCAUCCUAUCAUUUCUAUAAACCCAAAAUAAAAACCCAAUAGAUUUAUACUUCUGCAUCAUCUCUAAAGAUUAAAAACUGUGAUUGCGGAGGAUUGCCUUUAACAAAAUGCAAUGGAUCGAGCGUGGUUUGAAUUAUAUGCACACACUGACACCUAGUGGUUCAAAUAUAGAUUAGGUACAGGUGCUAAUUUCUUUAGCAUAUUCAAACAAUUCUUAUACAAAUGAUGUCACAUACCCUCGGUGAAUAACUUUUCCGUAACUGUGUGCGGAAUUCCAUGAGCAUUUUUAAUGCAAUCCAAAAAAAUGUUGCUACAUUUUUCUGCUAUAAACACAGCCAAAGUUAGAAAAUGGUGAUUGACCUAAAAUGGGUUUACCAGUAGUUGUCAUAAAAAAUUCCAAUGAUCCUGAGACUGAUGUACCCAGGACUGUAAAAUUAAACAACAAACAAAGUGGCGAUAUUGUAGAAUUUUCAAAUUGGUCACAGACCGAUGAAAUACCCUCUAUAAGAUGUCUGACGGUAGAGAUGCCAUCUGUUGCACCUUGCCUGUACCAUCAACUUUUACUUAUUAUUUCUCCCACAAAGUGUUUCAUUACAAAUUCUACAAAAUUGUAUCCAAUGUUUGUUUGAAUUUCACACAUAAAGGAUAAUUGCAUAAGUCGAUGGAUCAAGUGCAUCUUGGGGGCUGCUGAGGUCACUAUAAAAAUCCCAAAUAUACAAAGUCAUCUUAGAUGAGUGUGACUGUUGCUCCAACUGGACUACUUGGAGUAAGGCAUAUGACUGUUUUUUAUUAAACGGGCAAUUGCAAAAGUGUUGUUGAAAAUGUUGAAAAGACGUUGUGCUUGUAUCAGUAUUGUUACCAACUCAUCUGCAAUGUCAAGAUGUCGAUAGUUAUGAAAUGCUAGAUUGUAUGUAGGGUUAUUCGAUGGAGAGCCACUUGUUGAUGUGGGUUAUUUGCAAAGGUAAGAUAGUGGGUGUUGAAGCCUGGCAGAGGAAAGAGUGGGAGAUAUAUUUAACUUCAGUUCUACUUUCUUCAUUGCUGUAAUCUUUUUUUAUUCAACUUGUGGCAAAAAAAGGUUGCCAGACUCGAAGCUUGCAUCGUCAUUUUAAUUUUGCGCAUGAACGUGCGUACAAAACAGUGUGGAAGAUUCUGCAAGAUUGAAAGGCCCUGUGUAAGAUGUCCGACGGUAGAGAUGCCAUCUGUUGCACCUUGCCUGUACCAUCAACUUUUACUUAUUAUUUCUCCCACAAAGUGUUUCAUUACAAAUUCUACAAAAUUGUAUCCAAUGCUUGUUUGAAUUUCACACAUAAAGGAUAAUUGCAUAAGUCGAUGGUGUGAGUUUUAUUUAUUUUUAGCUUUUAUUUUAGAAUUGUUCUCACUAGAUUUAAGCAAUUUCUUUAUCCCUAGUAAUUGGAGUCUUUGUGAAAAAAACAAAACAAAAAAAACAUAACAUUUUCUGACAUAAACAUUUAUUAGCUAAAGGAAUCCAGUCCAAUUCCAGGUUCAUGUUUUGUAUUUAAAACUUUACUACUCCUCUUUUUAGAUUCUGGUCGAGGAAUCCACCAAAAUCCAAUGAAGCUGAAGAUUGUGUCACACUCUCUGCCUUUUCCAUGUGGGACGAUGAAGACUGUAACAGGACCUAUCUGAGUGUGUGUGAGCGCACAGCUGCCCAGAUUAUCCUGAAAGGUCAUAUACUGAGUAACUAGGCCAACAGCACAAUGUGUCCUCACUAAUGUCCUCAUUAUUACAGCUUCCGGGAAAACAUGUCCGAAGCAAUCUUUGCCAGCUAAUGUUUUAAAGAGUUACGUUAUGUCCCUGUAGGCUCUUAAUCCUUCACCAAUGUAUCUCUCUCAUUUACUUCAUGAUUGUAAACUAAGUAAUAGAACAAGGGUGGUCAACCAUCAGCACACCAGAUGUUGUAGACUACAUCACCCAUGGUGCUUUGCAGCAUUAAAUGUUGUUAGAGCAUUAUGGUAGGUAUAAUCCACAACAUCUGGAGUGCCGAAGGUUGCCUACCCCUGUAAUAGAAUAUUCUUGUCUGUGUUUUAGAAUGCAUUCGUUAUUUAACAAACUCACAAUGCUUUUGAGGGUGGUAGCUCAGCUCAAAUUUGAAUCAGCCCUGUCUGUUAUUCUGAAAGGUUCUACGUGGCUAUGUGACUCUGAUAUGAUCAGGAUAUGUAUGUAUUGUACACUACUGACCCAACCUACUAAUAUCAGAAUAUCGAGGCACUGGUUGUGGUGAUGGUAUUUCACUUACACUCGGCUUACAAGCUUAUAACCAGUCACCAUCCCCAUCUAUCACACGGUUUGGCAUGCCUGUCUCCAGCAGUGUUUUGCUCAAGAAAGAAGGAUUUGGUAACAAUUGUGUACAACAGGCUGAAGGAAAAUGUCUAAUGUAAUUUAAUGGCAACAAGGGCCAUUAUGGUAUUAUCUGUUGUCUAGGUUGGAUGGAGCUGACUCUGGUAAUGUAGUAAGAGGGAGAUCUUGGGGAGCCAGAACACAGAUUUUUGUCAGAUUGCUUCUAAAAAGUUUGACAAAAAUUGUGGGGACAGCACCCAUAGAUUAUUGGCAUCAGAAUCACUACGCUGAGUAAUAAUAGUAUAAUAGUGCACCAAGCUAUAAAAAUACAUUGAAUGAUAAUACACCAAGCUUUAACAAAAACACUGAGCUGUAAUAAUUCAACAAGCUGUAAUAAUACACGG